CAUUUGAUCACCAUCUUGAAGCCCUUUCUUCUCAUUCAGUCAAAGUUGUCUGAUCUGUCAGCCCAUCUCACCCCGGUCACUGCAACGUCACCGCUCGCCAAACCGCCCUGCACACCCCAGUCAGUCAACACCACACCUUGUCCAGGCCGACCAGCGCCCGCACAUACUCUCUCCACCACGACGGCGUCCCCACCGCUCCGACGAAGCUCCUCCUUCGCAAUCAGCCCGGCAAGACUUGCGCCGCCCAUGCCGAGCAGCACCCAAGACAAGGACAACCCCCCGCCCUCCUCCUACUUCACCUACCCCGUCGCCUACGCCGUCAGCGGCCUCCUCCGCCGCCUCAACUCAGAGCCCGCGCACGCGCCCGCACACUCGCCGCACGCGCGCUCGCAGACGACUCCGGGCGCAGCAAGAGAAGGGGAAGCCACAGACAUGCACAGCGUGUUCCAGCCUCCCCGGCGGACAGCGUCGCCUUUCCAACCACCGCCCCUCACGCCCCUCACCCUCAGCGGCUACAAGACCUCCACACGCGAAGCAGGCAAGCUGCUGUCCCGCGGGCUUGCGGAAGAAAUCCGGCUCCUCGUGCCCCCCCGCCUCCAGCUCGUUGACACCUGGUCCGUCGUCUACAGCCUGGAGCAGAAUGGCGUUUCUCUCGCCACUCUCUACGCCUGCGCAGACGAAUACCGAGGGCGCCGCGGGGGCUUCGUGCUCGUCGUGCGGGACGCGAGCGGCGGCGUCUUCGGCGCGUACCUCUCCGAUGCGCCGCGGCCACAAUCACACUUUUUCGGCAACGGCGAGUGUUUCUUGUGGCGCGCGUCGGUGCUGCCAAGUCUGCCAGACCUUUCGAAUCUGCCGCCGCCGCCUAGUGCAGAUACUACGCAUGCGGUGCGCAUGACAACGAUUGCGAGUCCGACGAAGAUGAAGGCUGGGGGCGGCGCGCUGAGUCCACCGGCCAGUGGGGGUGCGAGUAGGAGUGGGACGAGUACGCCGGAGAGGAUACGAUUCAAGGCGUUUCCGUAUAGUGGGGUGAAUGAUUAUAUGAUUUUUUGUGAGCAAAGUUAUCUGAGCGUUGGUGGGGGUGAUGGCCAUUAUGGUCUUUGGCUCGACGACAACCUCGAGCACGGCGUAUCCAGCACGUGUCCCACAUUCGGGAACGAGCCACUCAGCGACGAGGGGAAGAAGUUCGAGGUGCUGGGCGUGGAGCUGUGGUAUAUUGGCGCGUGAUGGCGCACGAUCUCAUUUUUCCAUGAAUAAUGACGAAAGACAAAAGCAUCUCUUAACGUAGCGGACAUGGGCAAGGCGUUCAAGCGGCGCACUGGGAUUUGGGUGAAAGAGGUGGGUAC